AUGACCAAGGAAGAGAGCCAAGCGCAGCAAAAGGCGGAGGAGGAAGACGACGAUGAACCCGAUGAGUGGGACAAGCGGAUCUUUAGCACCGGAUGCGCAGAGGAAAACACCAAGAUGACGGAUUGCUACUUUGAAAAGAAGGAUUGGCGAGCGUGCGCUUCAGAGGUGUAUAUCCUCGCCUCACCCACCCCCGCCAUCACAUUUACAAUGUUUGUCCCUCGCCGGGCUCUCUUUGCGGCCCAGAGGCUGCCCUUUGCCCGGGCUCGCCCAAUUGCUGAUGUUACCCUUCAGAAGCCCGAUGAGGACGUCACACAGAUCGCCGCCCCCGCCAAGGCCGGAAGCACUACGAGCGGUCCGAGCAACCCAUACCAGCCUGCACCCGUGGCCGAAAAGUCAUUGAGCGAGUCGACACCACCGAAGCAGGAACCUCUGGGCUCACCUCGUGUUUGGGAUGGCAGGCACGUGGAUGCGCCCCAUGAGGUUGACUGGGAGAAGAGCUGGUUCGGAAUUGGGUCCAAGCCCGUCACUUCGGAACAAAACAGGGUCCUCGCGCGGGCAAUCAACCCGGACGACGUCGAGGUUAAGCCUGACGGUAUCGUCUAUCUGCCAGAAGUCAAGUACAGACGGCGGUUGAACGAGGCGUUUGGACCUAUGGGAUGGGGUAUGGUGAACCGUGGAGAUGUGGUUGUGGGAACUAAUAUCGUGACGCGCGAGUACGCACUCAUCGUCAACGGCCGCUUCGUCUCUCAAGCACAGGGUGUCAACAACUACUUCUCCGCCGAAGGUCUCCCCGCCGCCAUUGAGGGUUGCAAGUCCAACGCCCUGAUGCGAUGCUGCAAGGAUCUCGGAAUCGCCUCUGAGCUCUGGGACCCCGUCUUCCUGCGCUGGUUCCGAAAGCACUACAUGGAGGAGCGCUGGGUCGAGCACGUCACCACCAAGAAGAAGAGGACCUUUUGGUACAAGAAGGGACUCGCCGAGCCAGUGUUCCCCUACAAACUGGUUUAAAGAAAUGACACGUUCAUGACUAAUUGGGUAGGGGAGGUGUAUAACUCCCUGUGUACUUUUCAUGUGUAUAGAACGAGGAUUGGUUCAGGGUAAAAAAACGUUGGACGACUGUAA